GAGCCUCCACUUUGCUCCUGCCCUCGCCCAGGCGCCUGUUCUUCACCGUUGUUUUCCCUUCUCAGUGCAGGAGUGAUUUUGUCAUCCGUUCUGGGCCUGCCUUACUGCGCGCCUGGCGUUGCUUUGACCCGUGGGCCUCAUUGCUUAUCCUCAUCAGGAGCUGGGCCAAUAUGAAGGUCAUCACUUGUGAAAUAGCAUGGCAUAAUAAGGAGCCUGUUUACAGCUUAGACUUUCAACAUGGAACUGAUGGGAAGAUCAAUCGACUAGCCUCAGCAGGUGUGGAUACUGCUGUUCGUAUAUGGAAAGUAGAAAAAGGACCAGAUGGAAAAGCAAUUGUGGAAUUCUUGUCCAAUCUCGCACGCCAUACCAAAGCAGUAAAUGUUGUACGCUUCUCUCCCAGUGGUGAGAUCCUAGCAUCUGGAGGAGAUGACGCUGUAAUUUUAUUGUGGAAGCUGAAUGACAGCAAAGAAUCAGAACCAUUAGCUUUUCAGGAUGAAGAUGAAGCACAACUCAACAAGGAGAACUGGACAGUUGUUAAAACUUUAAGAGGCCACUUAGAAGAUGUGUAUGAUAUUUGUUGGACCUCAGAUGGAAAUUACAUGGCAUCUGCCUCUGUAGAUAACACAGCUAUAAUGUGGGAUGUCAGUAAAGGACAAAAGGUUUCAAUAUUAAAUGAACACAAGAGUUAUGUCCAAGGAAUAACCUGGGAUCCUCUGGGCCAGUACAUCGCAACUCUGAGUUGCGAUAGGGUACUACGUAUAUACAACUCGCAGACCAAGCGUGUAGCAUUUAAUGUUACCAAGAUGCCUUCUGGGGCAGGAGUUGAAGGAGAGGCUAGGAGCUAUCGGAUGUUUCAUGAUGACAGCAUGAAGUCAUUUUUCCGCAGACUCAGUUUUACUCCUGAUGGUUCCUUAUUACUUGCUCCAGCUGGCUGUGUUGAAUCAGGAGAAAAUGUGACAAACACCACAUAUGUUUUCUCCAGAAACAAUCUUAAAAGGCCCAUGGGUCAUCUGCCCUGUCCUGGAAAGGCAACUCUUGCUGUUCGCUGCUGCCCAGUAUACUUUGAGUUGAGACGAGCACUUAAUAAAGAUGAAAUCAGUCAGAAGUCAGCCCCUGCUCUAUUUAAUCUGCCCUAUCGAUUGGUGUUUGCUGUUGCUUCAGAAGAUUCUGUGCUUUUUUAUGAUACUCAGCAAUCAUUUCCCUUUGGUUAUGUUUCUAACAUACAUUACCACACCCUGAGUGACAUUUCAUGGUCCAGCGAUGGAGCCUUUCUUGCUAUUUCUUCCACGGAUGGAUACUGUUCAUUUGUUACCUUUGAGAAGGAUGAACUGGGAAUACCACUGAAGGAGAAGCCACAGAUAAGUGUCAGGACUUCCAGUGCUACAGAGAAGAAAGUUAAGAAGAGCCAGUCACACAAAGUCAUUUCCCCAGGCUCUAGGCUGACAGAGGGGACUCCUCCUAGCAGGACCACUGAUCCCAGCACUCCUACUCUCCAACCUAGAACACCCACCGCUGCCAGUAAGGAGUUGCCUUCCACACCUGUUGGCAUGAAAAGUGUUCCAGCCUCAUCCUCAGACGAGAGGAAAGCCAGCCAGCCAGCCAGCCAGAGUACUAAAGUAAACCAGCCCAGGAGGAUUACUCUCAACACUUUACAAGCGUGGAGCAAGACGCCGAGGAGAGUAAACUUGAUUCCAGUGAAGACAGAUACUCCAACCUCAGCAUACACAGAUACAGUUUCCAUACCUCCUCCUUCAGAACAGGAACACGAGAGGGCUUUACCAUCUGAUGACGGUCUUCAAAAUCCGCCAGCAUCUAAACGUCCUAGAACUGAAGAAAUGACUCUUUCUACAUCUCCUGAAGAUCAAAUGACCUGUGAUUCAAACAAAUAAGUUAAACUUUUAGUAGACUCUCACAGUCUGAAGGCAGUGCAGCCAUAUCUGCAAGUGCAUUUCUUCUUGCAAAUGUUAAAUCCUCAGUUCCUGAUGGAAGUACCAUAUGCAUAUUUGGCAUAGUGCUGUGAAGAAAGAAGCUGGCGAUGGAAGACAGGCUUCAGGAAUGUAGCUUUGCAGAAGAGGAAGUAGUUGGAAAGUGACUUUAAGUGCAGUUCUACUUCUUGAAGACAGCGUUCUUUUUCAAGAAAUGCCUCAGCUUAAGGAAAUCAGGGAAAUCUGCAUAUUGAAAAGCUGUGCAGUAACAUAAGCAUCUUCAUCAAAGUCACUAAAUUGGUGUUUUUAAACAUUAUGUCUUCCAGGAACCUGUCCAGCAAAACAUUAGAGUUUCUAAGGACUUGAAUGCAUUCAUAAUGAUUUCAUGUGAUUUUAAGACAAAAGGAAAAAAAAAAGCAAAAAACUGUCUUCAGGCAGCUUGGCUUACAUACUUAGCAAUGUGCAAAAUAAUUCAUGCCCUCCAAUACAUGUGGAAUAAGGAAAGUUGGUGUUCACAUGAAGGCAGAAGAUGCAAUAUCACUGGUAGGACUGAAAUAGAGAUCAGAAUUUAUAACUGGAAGAAACAGAGGAGCAAAAGGAAGAGACCACCCCUGAAGACCUGUUACAAGCAUUACACAGUAGAAAGCAAUUCCUAAUUGUUUAUUCUCCAUAUAUAUAUUAAAAAAAAAAACUACAGACGUGAGGUUUUCCUGAGGCAGCAGGAUCUGAUUGUAUACGUUAAAAGUACUGCUUCUCUUUUUUUCUCUUUUGUCCAAGUCUAACUCCCUUAGCCAAUAAAAUAUAAUACAAAUCCAGUGUA